AUGGACGGGAUAUCAACUUAUAAUAAUUUUCUAGCUUUACAUAAGCCUCAGUUAAUGUUAUCUGGAGUACCUGAUUUUUUUUGGCCCUCAAUAUGUAAGAAAAUCACUGAUCAAAUGUUUGAUGCGGGAUUAACCUUUCAACUAGUUCAAAUUGACUACGAAGAGGCAGAUAAAUCGCCUUACGAUCCACUGUGGAGUGUAAUUGCAAUCAGAGAUAUUGAUUGUUUGGAUGCUAGUCAUAUAUAUUUAAUUGACCAUGCAUGGACAUUUAAGGCAAAUAAUAUUAAGAGUAACCUACGAAAUGUGCCGGGACUUCUAGAAAGAAUGUGCAGUUUAAUGCAGAUAUCGGCAGAAACUGUCGAAGAGAAAAUCGAUAAAGUAUCAGAGAGUGUGUGGAAGUAUGCACAAACUUAUGCAAUUGCUGGUGAUGAGUUUUCUAUUGAAGACCGAGUGCCUGUGUGGUAUGUUUUAGAUGAGCUGGGCUCGGGUAUUACACAUUCCGAUACUCCUAAUUUCCGAGCCGUGCCUUUUAUCUAUGUGCCUGAACAAUUGACUUACACUCUAUUGUUUCCAAUUAAGGAUGUUGAAGAAGGAGACAUGGUUACAAGAAACUUUGUUGAAGGUCAAUUUCCAGAUUCUCUCCAAAGAGAAGCUAUGCUUAUUCCUUGGAAACAAUAUGAGUACUUUAGUGAAGACUAUACUCAACAGGAACCAAGUUCUAAAUACUUCCUUGAGGGACAUUUAGUAGAAACACUCCCUCAAUUAGAAUUGUUAAAAGAUAGGGAAAUGAGUGUCUCAAAACUAAAAGUUUUCUCAGAAUAUAGGUAUAUCAAUGAAUAUUUAACAGCACCUGAUUUUGAGAUUGUUAAUAAUGAAACUGAAGCUGACAUUUUAUGGUAUGUCACACACUUUAAAGAAUUUGAAGCAUUAAGUGUUAACUCACCACAUAAAUUUAUAAACCAAUUUCCAUAUGAAUACGUAAUUACGGUAAAAGAUCUCUUGGCUAUUGUAUCCAGACGAGCAUCAGAUAAGUAUAAUAAUGAUGGCGACUUUCUCAAAACAGGUCCUAAAUGGUUACCUACUACAUUUAAUAUGAAGACUGAAUUGGCAAAAUUAGUAGCAUAUUAUAUGCAGAGGAAGAAUGCUGGAUUGGACAAUCAUUGGAUCUGUAAGCCAUUCAACCUUGCAAGAGGACUAGACACACACAUUACUAAUAACUUGGACUUUUUGUGCCGUUUACCGCUAACAGGUCCUAAGAUAGCUCAGAAAUAUAUAGAUGAUCCAGUCCUCUUUGAGCGGCCUGAUGUGGGUAAAGUCAAGUUUGAUAUUCGUUAUGUUAUAAUGCUUAACUCUGUACACCCUGCGGAAGUUUUUAUUUAUAAUAACUUUUUCCUCCGAUUCGCAAAUAAGCCAUUUUCUUUAGACAAUUUUGAUGAAUAUGAAAAACAUUUUACUGUUAUGAAUUAUAAUGAAGAUGCACCACUUUUUAAGUUGUUAUGUGCAGAUUUUAAAGAGGAGUGGUCUAGGCAGUAUGCCAAUUAUGACUGGGAGGAUGUUGAAAAAUCAAUAUUCAAGAUGUUAUCGGAAUUAUUUACUGCUGCAACUGCCAUUGAUGCUCCUCGAGGCAUUGCUAAGAAUCCACAAUCAAGAGCAUUAUAUGCAGCCGACAUUAUGUUGAGUUGGCACAAAUCCAAAAAUGAGACGGUCAUUCAACCCAUCCUAUUAGAGAUAAAUUGGAUGCCAGACUGUCGCCGCGCUUGCGAAUAUUACCCUAACUUUUAUAAUGAUAUAUUUUCAGUGAUGUUCUUGAACAAACAAGUUGAAUCCUGCACAAAAAUUAUGUAA